ACCAAGCCCACAUAAUUCGAAGAAACGAAUUUCUGGGAACGGGUCUACUGUGUUUCUCAGAGCCAGAGAAGAGCCUGAGUGGCUGUCGGGUGACCGGCAGCGGGGCCCAGCCAUUCACAACCAGCGCCUAGGGGGCGUGACUUGCAGGCUGGAAGCCACUCCUCCCACUCCGUCUCUCGCAGGCGGGCGAGGCGGAGUUUAGGCGUGGCCCCACCUCUCGCCCCGGAAGUACUUUCUCGAGGCGGAGGUUUCUGGGACUGUUGGCCAGCCGCGCUUCCUUUUUUUCCGACAUCUUAGGGAGGCUGCAGUGGUCGUCGCCACUCUCCGCGCUUCAUCAUGCCGCCCAAGGAUGACAAGAAGAAGAAAGAUGCCGGAAAGUCGGCCAAAAAAGACAAAGACCCAGUAAAUAAGUCUGGUGGCAAGGCCAAAAAGAAGAAGUGGUCCAAAGGCAAAGUUCGGGACAAGCUGAACAAUCUGGUCCUGUUUGACAAAGCUACAUACGACAAACUCUGUAAGGAGGUUCCCAACUACAAGCUCAUCACUCCAGCUGUGGUCUCCGAGAGACUGAAGAUUCGCGGUUCUUUGGCCAGGGCAGCCCUUCAGGAGCUACUCAGUAAAGGACUUAUCAAGCUGGUUUCAAAGCACAGAGCCCAAGUAAUUUACACCAGAAACACAAAGGGUGGAGAUGCCCCAGCUGCUGGCGAAGAUGCUUGAACAGGUUCAAUCAGCUGUACAUUUGGAAAAAUAAAACUUUAUUAAAUCAAAUGAA